CUUCUUGUGUCUGGUUUUUACUGAGAGUUUACACUGCACGCUUAGGGAAGGGUGCAUGAAAAGAUUUGGUUAUUUCACACCAUUUAUCUUUAUAAUAAUAGAAUUAAGGGUGUGAACAGGAAUUGAAACAAGGUCACCCACACACAAGUCGCUCCACAUCUGCACACACCCAAGAGCCAAGUUCCAUUUCUCGGUCUAAAGUACCGCUUCACGUGCACGCCAAUAGCCGUCAGGACCUCGUCGCGAUUUCUAUUAACAGUCGUCCAGCAGAGAUCGCAGCGUUAAAGGAAGAUGCAACACGAUCACCAUAAUCAUGUCAUGCAGGCCGCGCCUUCCGAAUCCAGCAUGGGAGAUAGCAACAUGGAUCAUGGAUCUGGACACAUGAUGAUGCAAAUGACCUUUUACUUGGGUUACAAAAAUGUCGAACUGCUAUUUGCUGGCCUGAUUAUCAACACACCUGGAGAGAUGGUCGGCGCCUGUAUCGGAGUGUUCCUAUUGGCCGCGUUUUACGAGGGACUGAAGAUCGGUCGUGAGGUCCUGCUGAGGAGGAACCAAAUCAGCGUACGCUAUAACUCCAUGCCGGUCCCUGGCACUGACGGGACGGUGCUCAUGGAGACGCACAAAACAGUCGGACAACGGAUGCUGAGUCUGGCACACGUUUUCCAGACGAUACUUCACGUCAUCCAGGUGGUGAUCAGUUACUUCCUCAUGCUGGUGUUUAUGACCUAUAACGGCUACCUGUGCAUAUCCGUCGCCUUGGGAGCCGGCGUCGGUUACUUCCUGUUCAGCUGGAAGAAGGCAGUAGUGGUGGACAUUACAGAACACUGUCAUUAAGCCUCUAAUCAGCCACAUCCUCUCUCUCUUUCUCUCUCUCUCUCCUUCCCGACAUAAACACAAAUACACCUUUGGGGGAAAAUGGCAAAGAAAAUACACCACCACUACAAACACAAUACAAAUACCUGGAAAUGAUUACAUGAUAUUUCUUCGAUGCUGUAUCACUUUAAAGGCACGUAAGUAGUGUCAGGCUGCUCCGGUGUCAUUUUAAAGUCUUUCCCCCUGUAUUGUACUGAAUUUUAUCGAAUUUUACCCCAUCCAGUUGACCCUAACGACUCGUUCUCGACCAUCACGACCUCGCUCAGUCUUACAGCAUUCUUCGCAGGAUGUGUAAAAUGCACAGGUGUAAAUUCUACCUCUCCAUUUGGAAAAUUAUCACCUCUCUGAGCAUCGGAGGGAUUCCUAAACCUUUUGCCUUAAAACUGAAAUAAUUACGAGGAGGGAACAGUGUACAGUGUGAAAUUCUAUGGGAUUUAGUGACUUAAACAAAAAAAAAAAAAGUGUAUUUUACAAAGUAAUUCUGACAGAUCUGUAUUGUGGUUAUGAGACCUGACAAAAUGCACCACAGUGUCUUUUUUUCAUUUAUUAAAUUUUUUUCCAGAAUAGCUGAAAUCGCAGACACGUUAAUCGUCGGAAGGAUAUCGAAAUACAAUCAGUGACCGGCUCAGAAGGCUUUCAUUAAGAGAGAGAAAGUAAAAACAGAUAACGUUAUCUGUCCAGCUUUGACAAUUUGUUUACGGAGCUGAAACUGAAAUUUACAAAAAAAAAAAUUUUUAAAUAAACACAGCGAACGGUUCGUGCGGUCCGUACUAUCUGAUGCCAGCGUCUCCAUGAAGAUUCUUUUUUUUUUUUUUUUUAUAAUCUGUAUUUGAAAUAUUCUAUUACUGUCAAGUACAUAAAGUCUGUUGUUAUUUUUAGUUACUGACAUUAUUUGUUUUUAUGUAACGUUUAACGUAUACAGCAGAUGUAAUUGUUCUCUAUAGAGGAAAUCCUAUUAAAUUAAAUCUAAUUUAAA